AGUAAUCGGAUUACUAAGAUAGAGGGACUGGAGAAUCUGGUAAAUCUCGAAGAACUCUACAUCAGCUCCAAUGGAAUUGCAAAGAUUGAAAAUCUAGAGAAGUUGACCAAGAUACAGACCCUGGAUCUCGCCUUUAAUCGCGUCACCCACCUGGAAAAUCUGGAGGCUUUGGUCAAUAUGGAGGAGUUUUGGUUCAACGACAACCGUGUUGCCGAAUGGGAUCAGCUGAAGGCUCUGGUGCCCCUUAAGAGCCUACAAACCCUCUACAUGGAGAGAAAUCCGCUCUACUACACUGCCGAUGGCAAGAAGGACAGUGGCUAUCGCCGGAAGAUCCUGCUGCUUCUGCCCGAACUGCGACAACUGGACGCCACCCUGACUGGUGUGGGUCUAAGGACGGGCUGA